UCCUAAGCAUCCAGCUUGUUGUUUAAUCGAAAAAGAUCCUCCAAAAUGAGUGAUUUAGUGAACGUGUACGCACUAUUGCGAAACAAGUUUGCAGAAAACAACUUCAGUUUACGAUAUCCGCCUACUUACAUCCGGGAGCUGACUCAAAACGGCGACAAAAUCAUACUCGCUUUCGUGGAGCACGAUGUACCGAUCAAGCAAGAGCGCAAUAUGUACGCCACGAUUGCCUCGCCGCCGAUUAAGGAUCGCAGCGCUGCCGAUGACCUCGAUCUUACUGGCUCACCGCUGAAGGACGAUGUUAUUCUCGAGGAAUUCGAACUUACGGGCGAGGACGUAGGGAGCACAAAAAUGUGGACUACCGAGGAGGAAACGCUUGGCCCACUGAGUACGGAGGCGGCUCGAUCGCUUUUGCAGAACUACAUCAACCAGGACUGUCGCAUCGGGUCGGGAGAACUGUGGGCCCUUUGCUCGGGUACCGAUAUGGAUCGCACGGUGCUACUGCAGCUAACGGUUUACCAGGCCGAGGCAAAAAACAAUCAAAAGUUUGGGCGUGGAAUUGUGCGCUUUGCUGGGCAGCGGCCCUGUGCCAGCAUUACCUUGGCAGAGCUACGAUCCAUUCAUCGGCAACGGGCGGUAGGGAUGACGCCGGCCCCGAAAAUAUACAUCCGCCAGUGGUACAACGUGCACCCGCAGAUUACGAUACGCCUUAGUUGGCACACCAUGAACGAGAAUGCAAAUUUCACCGCCGAAUGUAAGGCUAGCGUUCGGAUCAGCCAGCGGCUUGCCAUUAACGUCGGCGACUACACCAAGUACGGUUCACCGACGGAGUACCUUUGGCAGCAGCUGCAGCGGUUGGCUUUGCUGAGCGAGAAGAUUGUGGACAUUCGGGCAAACCGUGUGUCUGGCUACGAGAUUUACGGAUACGACUCAAAUGCCGAAACGGUUGAGUUCAUCAAGGAGAAGGUUAACAGCAUACUGUGCAAAUUCCAAGCAGUAGAGCUACCAGACUUUACCUUUACCACGAUCGCCAAUAUGGUGGAGCAGGUGCGCAACCGCAAUCUUACCGAUGUGAUGGAACGGCUGUAUGAUGUAUUGAUUUUGGAUCUCAAUUACGAUGAUCUUAAAUCGUGCAUUGAUUACAUUUUCCAACUGGCGGCACAUGCUAACAUUGUGAACAUUCCAUCAAAGGGCACGCGGUUUGCGCAUCUUAUCCAAGCGAUGAUACAGGAUGUUCCGACGCUUACUUCCGCUGAACCGUACGAGCUGCUAUUGGAAGUCGGCUUUACCAAGCUAAUGCAUGACUAUCAGCUCAUCUUUUCGGAGUGUGGAUUCUACGAGCUGGAUUUCGAAAUGCUCUUCCAACCGCAGCUAACAAACGCCCGGAAAUCUCGCUACAAUGCCGAUUCGGUCCGUUCGGAAGGCAAAAGCGCCAGCAAGACAAGCGUCGGUGGUCGCAUGGCGGCGGGUGGCCUAUCACAGCAGGGCAACGAUAUGCUAGUUAUCGAGAAAUCCAUCCCGGUACGCCAUUUCGAUGAGGAUGAGAUCAACAUGAAACUAAGCCGGUUGGCUCAAGUGCACCUGCUGGUCGAUCAUUUGCUGUCGCUCGAGGAGUUCAUCAACAUCCCAUCGAUCUAUGGGCCAGUUUGUGAAGCCUACCUGGCACAACGACCACUCAGCUAUCAUCAGGUGUACAACCGAGAUACCGAUCUCCUAGAGCUGGACGUGAAUGAAGGGCAGCUCGUCAGUCUGACCCACCAACUGCUGCCCUGUGCCAGGCGCGUAUCGAUGUCUUCGAGCAAUAUGGUGCAAAAGCUUGAAACGGUCUUCUACCAGAACGCACAGCCGAUCUUGCCGGAUCGGUUCUAUCCACAUUUCCGCCCGCAAGAGGACAGUGCCACGAGCGACGAGCAGAUGUUCUGGUGUCUGGAGUAUGAUCGAAUUGAGCGAUUGUAAGUGAAUUUGAUAAUGAUACGAAUAAAAAGCAUUUCCA